AUGAAACAGUCACUUGACCUCAAAGAAAUGGAAGUGACAUCACAUGACAUGCGGCUAUCUUUCACAUCUGCCUCAAAAAUCCACCAUCUCACUUUCGCCUUUUCCACUUCUGAAGAGCUGACUUGUCCACAAUUACUCUUUUCCAUUCUCUUUAUUGCUUUACUCCGUUCUAUUCAUAUCUGUCUGUCUAUCUAUGUAUCUUUGUAUCUAUCUUUGUAUCUAUCCAUGUAUCUAUCUAUGUCUGUUCAUAUCUUUCAUAUCUAUCUAAUCUGUUCAUAUCUAUCUAUUUAUCUAAGUCUGUUCAUAUCUAAGUCUAUUCAUAUCUAUCUAUCUAUCUAUCUAAUCUAUUCAUAUCUAUCUAUCUAUCUAUCUAAGUCUAUUCAUAUCUAUCUAUCUAUCUAUCUAUCUAAGUCUAUUCAUAUCUAUCUAUCUAUCUAUCUAAGUCUAUUCAUAUCUAUCUAUCUAUCUAUCUAUCUAAGUCUAUUCAUAUCUAUCUAUCUAUCUAAGUCUAUUCAAUCUAUUCAUAUCUAUCUAUCUAUCUAUCUAUCUAAGUCUAUUCAUAUCUAUCUAUCUAUCUAUCUAAGUCUAUUCAUAUCUAUCUAUCUAUCUAUCUAUCUAUCUAUCUCUCUCAGUCGGUUUCGAGCAUGUCGGAUCAAACAACGAUUCUCUCUCUCUCUCUCUCUCUCUCUCUCUCUACUCUCUCUCUCUCUCUCUACUCUCUCUCUCUCUCUCUCUCUCUACUCUUCCAUCGAAUUUAACAUAUGA